GGAAGGAAAAGAGAUAUGGCUCCAGGGUAAGGGCAUGAUUCUGGUGACGUUGGCGCAGUUCUUUGGUGCUUCCAUGAAUGUCAUGACCCAGAUCCUUGAGCUUGACAGCGGGUUACAUCCUUUCCAGAUCCUCUUUGCCCGCAUGUCGGUCACGGUCGUGGCAAGCUACCUCUACAUGUGGUAUACCAAGGUUCCACAUCCUUUUGGGACUCGGCCUGUGCUGGGCCUGCUGAUCUUCCGGGCCAUGGGCGGUUUCUUCGGUGUCUACAGUAUCUACUACGCGGUCCAGUAUCUACCUCUUUCCGAGGCCACUGUCCUGACGUUUUUGGCACCCAUCCUCUGCUGCUACGCUUGUUCACUCUUUAUUCCCGACGAGACAUUCACUCGCAGGCAGCAGCUGGCCGCUGUGGUCUCCCUGGUAGGCGUAGUGCUGAUCGCGCGCCCCUUCUCGUCGUCAGCAACGCCUCCCGACCCGGAAAAGCUGGAAGGGCGCAAGCCCGGCACCACGGACGAAGUUCAGCAUAUCGUGGCAAUUUUGGCCAUGAUGGUGGGAGUCCUCGGAUCAACAUGUGCGUACACAUCGAUCCGGAUCAUCGGCCAGCGGUGCCAUCCCUUGGUCUCGGUCACGUAUUUCUCACUGUUCACUACCGUUAUGUCGCUCCUGGCUAUGUUGCUGGUGCCUUCCGUGCCGUUCAAGUUGCCCGAAACCGGCUUGGAAUGGACGUUGAUUGUGGGACUUGGCGUUUGUGGAUUCUUGCUGCAGUUUUUGCUGACCGCUGGAUUGUCAUACUCGCCGCCACCUCCGAGAAGAUCUCUGAGGGUCUCCGGAGGAGAUGGCAGCGAGUGUAAGCCGGCCAGGACCUCCUCGGGGUCACGUGCCACUUCCAUGAUCUACACGCAGAUGUUAUUUGCACUGUUUUAUGACAAGGUGGUCUGGGGUAAUACACUCUCUCCUUUAAGCUGGGCAGGCUCGGCGUUGAUUGUGGGGAGUGCACUGUACGUGGCAUUAGUGCGUGACGGCAAGAAGAAUGCUGCUGCUGCAGUUGCAGUUGACGAGGCUGCAGAAGAAGGGAGGGAGCCGGUGGCUUGAAGUCACUGAAACUCUGACUGGGGGGAGGGGAAAGAGAGAGGGGGAUAAGCAUGUGAGGUCAAUGCUUAAGUCUGGAAAGAAUAGAGAGAUAUUUGUUCGACUUAUUGGUCAAUGCCGGUGCAUGAGAAAUCGAAGGAGGAAGGUAGGCCGACGAUCUGGCAGCAAGGAUGCAGCUGGAGGACUGGAUUGCAGGUCAGAGAUGGUGAAGAUUAUGGAAGCGGUAAAAGUGUCAAUACGAUCAACAUACAUAAUAGAACCCCGUAUAUAGAAAGCAAACGCCAG